CAAGUGCCAUUAAAAGAGGUUAAAUGUGAUUGGCUAGAGGAACUUGGCCCACAGCAUAUCAGAACAAUAGCUGACCAUUACAAUAUUUAUAAAGAUUUAUUUGAUGGUAAUUAUUUCUACCCCACCAAAGAACUAAAAGUUCAUUAUGAUUAUGAUGAUGAAUAUGUAACACCUGUUUACUGGGGAAAUUUUGUUCUACCAAAUGAGGCUAACAAGGAACCACAGGUCACUUUCAGCAGCCGACCAGAUGAGUUGUGGGCGGUGCUUAUGACAAAUCCUGAUGAAAAUCUGACCAAUCAAAAUCAAGAAUACAUUCAUUGGCUUGUGGUGAACAUUCCUGGCAAUGACCUCUCAAAAGGUCAAACCCUUGUAAAGUAUAUGCCUCCAAUUACACCAAUGGGUACUGGUUACCAUAGGAAUGUGUUUAUACUGUUUAAACAAAAUAAUGUGGACGAUUUUAAAUCUGUGAAUAGAGUUUCAAGUGACGAUGGUGCCAAGAGAUUAGAGCAAAGACAGUUUAGCACAUCAAAAUUUUUCAAGACUCAUGAAAAAAAUCUGAUUCCACAUUCUUUGGCAUUCUUUCAAAGUCAGUGGGACGAAAGUGUCAGGAAAUAUUAUCGAGAAAAUCUAGACAUGGGUGAGCCUGUUUAUGAAUACAAUCACCCCACUGCCUACCAUCCCCCGGCCAAAAAGUACCCCCACAAUGAACCUUUCAAUGUAUACCUGGAUAGAUACAGAGAUAAAAAAGACAUAAACGAGGAGGUACUAAGGAGGAAGUUAUCUCUGACUCAGUCUGCUUUUGAACCUCGUAGCCAAGCAUUCAAAUAUCCACUGGUCCAUAGAAAUAAGAAGUACAAGCCGUCUUGGUUGCUACUGAAGGAAGAGAUGAUGGCGAGGAAGGUUGACCAGUUCAAAGAUUUAGAAUGA